CUUGCUACCCUAAGACUAAUAAUGUCUCUUCAUCUUGUCUCUCUAUCCCUCUUCCCUUCUAAGCUUUACACUCCCAAGUAUGUUCCAACAAAAUGCCCAAGAUUAUCAUGCUAUUCCACCCUAAGAUCUCAAGUUUCUCAAGUUGAAAGACCAUCCCCAAAUUACAAACCCACCAUAUGGACUCAUGAUUUUGUCAUGUCCUUGAAAGUCAAUAAUGUGGAUGAAGAGUUGCAAGAGAGGGCAGAGAAGAUGGAGGAGAAAGUGCGGAGAGCGAUGGAUGAAGUAGUGUUGAUUCGGCCAUGGCAAGUGCUUGAGCUGAUAGAUGAGGUGCAGAGGCUAGGGCUUGGCCAUCGUUUUGAAGAAGACAUAUUGCAAGCUCUUGAAAGAAUAGUUUCCUCUAUAGGGCUUGACAACAUUGUUGCAUCACCUCACAAGUGUGGUCUUGUUUUCAAGCUUUUCAGGCAACAUGGUUUUGAGGUUUCUCAAGAUAUCUUUAGCCAUCUCAUGGAUGAAAAUGGUGAAUUCAUUCCCACCAUACAAAAUGAUACUAAGGGGAUUUUGAGUUUAUAUGAAGCCUCGUUUCUCACCUUCGAAGGAGAAAACAUUCUUCAAAUGGCUAAGCCUUUUUUGACAAAAUCCCUCAAGAAUCUCAUGGCAAAGGAAGACUGCAGCCUUUCUGAAGAGGUAAAUCAUGCCCUUGAACUACCACAGCACUAUAGACCUCCAAGGUUGGAAGCCAGGUGGUAUAUUGAGGCAUGUAGGAAAACAAGGGGUUAUAAUGACUUUUUACUCGAGCUUGCUACGCUGGAUUUCAACAUGGUACAAUCUCUAUAUCAAAGAGAACUCCAAGAAGUGUCAAGAUGGUGGAAAGACAUAGGGUUAGCAGGUAAAUUAAGCUUUGUGAGAGAUAGAUUAGUGGAGUGUUACGUCUGGGCAGCUGGAGUUACACCUCAGCCUCAACUAAGCAAGGCUCGCAUAGGCCUAACAAAGGUUUCUGCACUAAUAACAACAAUUGAUGAUAUCUAUGAUGUUUAUGGAUCUCCCAAUGAGCUCCACUUAUUUACAAAUGUUGUUAAAAAGUGGGAUCUUGAUGGGGUGAAAGAUCUUCCAGAUUACAUGAAAAUAUGUUUUCUUGCUCUCUACAACACAGUAAAUGAGUUGGGAUAUGAUACCGUUAAAGAGCAAGGAGUAAAUUCAAUACCCAUACUUGCGAAAAAGUGGGCAGAUAUGUGUGAAGCAUUCUUGGUGGAAGCAACUUGGAAUAGCAAGAAGGUUACACCACCUCUUAAGGUGUAUCUUGAGAACGCUUGGGUUUCUGUCUCGGGCAGUGUCAUUCUUUCUCAUGCUUAUUUCUUGGUCACUCAAAAUAUCACCAAUGAAGCAUUAGAUGCCUUGCAGAAUAACAAUGAUCUUCUAAGAUGGUCAUCCACAAUUUUCCGCCUAUGCAAUGAUCUAGGAACCUCUAAGGCGGAGUUAGAGCGGGGUGAAACUGCGAAUUCAAUAUUAUGUCACAUGCGAGAAAGUGGACACUUAGAAGACGAUUCACGUGACUAUAUACGAGAUUUACUUGAUGAAGCAUGGAAGAAUCUGAAUAAAAACAAUGCAUCCGAUAAUAUUUCUCGGUUUGGAAAGCCAUUUAUUGAAGCGGCAAUUAAUCUUGCUCGAAUUUCUCAGAGCACUUACCAAUAUGGAGAUGGGCAUGGAGCUCCAGAUUCUAGAUCAAAAAACCGGGUCUUAUCCUUGAUUAUUCAACCAUUGGCCUUGCCUGGGCAAGAAUGAAGACAUUUCUUUAGUCAAAAUAUGAGGCCCACAUGUAUAUACCGAGAUAUGUAAAAUAUUAUGUGAACUCUCAUUUACUAUUCCAAAUUUCUUGCAUUUCGUAAAUAAAUUAGAAGAAUUAACCAA